AUGAGAGCGUUUAGAGGUUGGGGUGAAAAGGUUAGUGUGAAGGAGGGGUUUCUUGUUUUGCAUUUUGGGCAUGUCAAGUCUCCGAUGGUCGGUGCUGAUGAAGUUGGGGAUUCUAGUGGUGUGCCGUUUUCCCCUUCCUGGUCUUUGAAAGAUGAUUCGCACCUUUCUUUGUUUGAAUAUGCAGUUGACUUUGCAAAAAAUGUGUUUCCACCUGGCACUCGAUCCGAAAUGGCUAAUUAUUCCCUUUCUGACCUCCUUGGGCCUUUUCGUUUUGCUUCAGCUCAAAGUGCAAGUUUUUUUUUGCUGAGGAUGCUAAUCGUCUUUAACGGUUUCUAG